UUUUAGAUAUUUACUUGUGACAAUGUUGAUAAAUUUUACAUAUUUUUAUAUUUUUGAAUAUCCAAUAGAUAUAAAAUUUAAAAUAAUUAACAUAUUUUAGUAUAUAAUUGUGAUUUAUAUAAUUUUGGCAUCCAGAAUAUUUUAGUUUGGAUCAGAUUCGGAUAUUGUUAUCUGAAUAUUAAACUUUUAGAUCCAUAUGAGUACUUAAUAUGUUUUAGUUUGUUUUUUGUAUUACUUUGAAAUCUAGCUCGGUUCAGUUUUUCGAAUCUAUAUAUUUUACCCAGACUUAUUUUCUUCUAAUAAUAUAAAGAAAAAUAAAAUAAAUGUAAAACAAAUAUUUUGGGCUGAUUUAACAUACAUAUUAUUGGACCAUACUUUAAGAAUACCAAUAAAAACGGUUUGGCGUCGUGUCAUUUUUGUUGGAAUGUUGAAAAACUGACGUAAUCUAUAACCAAUAAUGUGUAUCUUCUUAUAAAAACUUCUUAAUAAAUAAUAAAAACACGGUACAAUCGAGUUAAAAGUGUUAGAGUUGCGUAGAAAAUAAUCUGAUCUCUUCGGUCGGCACUUGAAUUAUGUUUUUCAAUCAUGAACUUUUUUUAUUUUAAAGCUUUUCUGAUUUUUUCUAUCAAUCUGAUUAUGUUUCUAAUUCUUGGCAUGAUAUGAAACUCCGUAAAGAAAAGCAAUAUUUGGUUAAACUAAAAGUUCGACUCAAUGUGAUUUUCUAACCUCAAUUUCUUUAAUUCAUAACCAAUCACAAUUAUGUAUUGUCUUCGUGUAUAGAAACUUCAACUAUGGCUAAUCGACAAUAUACGAAACUUUCAAUUUCUAAAAAAAAUUCAUUCCAACAUUUUAGUUGAUGCGAAUCUUAAUGAUUUUGUAAUUUUUUUCUUUCAAAAUGUUAUUAUUCAGUAGUUGCACAUAGAGAAUUUCAGUUUACUAAUACUAAAGUUAAAAAUGUAGAAACUAAAAAUGAACUGAUUAAAAAAAUUGUGUGAACACACUAAAUUGUCUGCGACGGAGUUAAAAAAAUUAGUGCUUUGAACACAUUAAUUGUUAAAUGAUUAUGAAGCCGACACGUCAAUAUACUCAAAUUUAAAUCGAUGUGAUACUGCCACGUAUCCAGUAUAGUGUGAAAAAUGACAUUGUUUCUUUAAUAUAUAAGAGAUAUUAGAUAUCUUAGACUUUAAUAGGAUUUAUAUUUUUAUUUUUAAAUUUAACUUUACUUUCGGUAGUUUUCCUUGGGCAAAGCUGGUUGUCGACAUUUUAUUGACAAAUCCAAGACUUAAAUUAAAAGGAAACGUUUAAAAAAUUACUUUCAAAAUUAUUGUCUUAGACUUUUUUUUUUUUUUUUUUGAAACUUAGUUGACAUUUUAUUAACAAAGUCGACUUUGAUUAAUCUAUACAAAACGGCGAAAAAUUCAGUAGAUGUAACGGGAAAUAUAGUAAUAAUAACUAUACAAAACAAUAAAUUGAUAUGUAGACCCCAUCAAUACACCAUAUCCAGAAGAGCAAAUAGAAAAUUUCAAGAAAGUGAAGGAAGCUAAAUUAAAAUUAUAAAAAUGUGGAUAUACCCACAAGAUGCCGGAGGGUUUGCUUCUAUAAAUUGCCGUCGUCUCAGCCACCAAAACCACCACGGCACAACCAACUCUCUCUUUCUUUUUUCGACUACUUCUCAUUCCUUCUUCUUACUUCAUCACCAUUGACGUAGUGUGACGGUGAGGUUAGUUACAAAUUUUUUUCAUCAAAGCAAAAACUAAGGUAUCGUUUAUAAUGUCUAUAAAUUAUUGUUCAAGACUAUAUGUUUUAGACUAGUUUGUUCAUAACAAACGAUAGUGUUAAAUUAAGUUUCUGUAAGGCUAUUAUGUCGAGCUUAGUUUUAUAGAAUAUGAAAUAUCAUUCAGUUUAAAAGUGCGUCUCAAAUUACUCUUUCCAACGUCAAAAAUGAUCUAUCGUGCAACACAAAUAUUUAUAUGACAAAUAUUCAGGAAAUGGUAUAAACUUUUAGUAUGUAAAAGCAGGAGAGACAAGAGAGCUGCUGAGAUGGCCGAACAACUAGGAGUAUUGAAGGCACUCGAUGUCGCAAAAACGCAACUUUACCAUUUUACCGCAAUUGUCAUUGCGGGUAUGGGUUUCUUUACUGAUGCCUACGAUCUCUUCUGCGUCUCCUUAGUUACCAAGCUUCUUGGCCGCCUCUAUUACUUCAAUCCGUUGUCAGAAAAGCCUGGCUCACUUCCCCCUCACGUGGCGGCUGCGGUCAAUGGUGUUGCUCUCUGUGGGACUCUUGCUGGUCAGCUAUUCUUUGGAUGGCUCGGUGACAAACUCGGAAGGAAAAAAGUGUAUGGUAUCACUUUGAUCAUGAUGAUUGUGUGCUCCGUGGCAUCCGGUCUCUCCUUCGGUAACAAAGCUAAGGGUGUCAUGACCACUCUUUGCUUCUUUAGGUUUUGGCUGGGAUUCGGAAUUGGAGGUGACUACCCACUUUCUGCCACCAUCAUGUCCGAAUACGCUAACAAGAAGACUCGUGGUGCUUUCAUCGCUGCCGUGUUCGCCAUGCAAGGUGUUGGUAUCUUGGCGGGAGGUUUUGUGGCACUUGCCGUUUCUUCCAUUUUCGACAAGAAGUUCCCAGCCCCAACGUAUGCAGUCAACAGAGCUCUCUCAACGCCUCCUCAGGCUGAUUACAUUUGGCGAAUCAUCGUCAUGUUUGGUGCUCUACCCGCAGCCUUGACGUACUAUUGGCGUAUGAAGAUGCCCGAAACUGCUCGUUACACAGCUUUGGUGGCAAAGAACAUCAAACAAGCAACACAAGACAUGUCUAAGGUCUUACAAGUAGAGCUUCAGAUGGAAGAACGAGCAGAGGAUAUCGUACAAGAUCCUAGACUUAACUAUGGCUUGUUCUCCAAGGAAUUUGCCAAACGCCAUGGGCUUCCCCUCCUCGGAUGUACCUCAACUUGGUUCUUGCUUGACAUUGCAUUUUACAGCCAAAACUUGUUCCAAAAAGAUAUUUUUUCGGCUAUUGGAUGGAUCCCAAAGGCAGCAACCAUGAACGGAAUCCACGAGGUUUUCAUGAUCGCUAGGGCACAAACACUCAUUGCACUUUGCAGUACAGUCCCCGGCUACUGGUUCACGGUUGCGUUUAUUGAUAUCAUGGGAAGAUUUGCGAUUCAGCUAAUGGGAUUCUUUAUGAUGACUGUCUUUAUGUUUGCCAUCGCCUUCCCGUACGACCACUGGAUCAAACCAGACAACCGUAUCGGCUUCGUUGUUAUGUACUCUCUCACCUUUUUCUUUGCAAAUUUUGGUCCAAACGCGACCACCUUCAUUGUACCGGCUGAAAUCUUCCCGGCCAGACUAAGGUCCACAUGCCAUGGAAUAUCAGCUGCAACAGGUAAGGCUGGAGCCAUCGUGGGAGCUUUUGGUUUUCUAUACGCGGCUCAGCCACAGGACAAGACCAAGACAGAUGCAGGAUAUCCACCGGGCAUCGGAGUGAAGAACUCUCUGAUCAUGCUUGGUGUCAUUAACUUUGUUGGUAUGCUCUUCACCUUCCUUGUCCCUGAGCCGAAAGGAAAGUCCCUUGAAGAGCUAUCCGGUGAAACUGAGGUUGAGAAAUGAUCUGAGAUGUAAUAUUGUUUUUGGUUUGUUUAAACUUCUUUUUCAGAUUUUAAUGGACUUAUUCUUGGG